CACACACACUUUCUAGAGCGCGAGAUGGAUAGGACAUUUUUGGUAGACACCAUAGUGUCGUAUGGCUUGACCGCAGUAGCCGGAUGGUACUAUUUAUUCCGGUAUCGGAACUCUAAACAUAUACUUGGAGUGUCCGAUGAUAUGCACUACUUCACCAUGUCAGUAAUUACUUUGGCAAUGUGGAAUGAGGUACUCACCAUCAUUACAAGCAUUGCCGUAAGUAGACCUCCUUCAGGAGAAACAAAAUCAAGAAUACAUUAUGACUUAUCGUUUGUGUUUGUCACGUGUAUAUCGUUAUGGCUCUAUCGAGCCUUUUCAAGAACUAUUCUAAUGGUGGUGGAGUAUGCGUAUUUCCUAUCCCAGCAGAAACGAGACCCAUACCCCAAGCAUCAAAAAGGUCAUCGCAAAACCGUCUCUUUCAACGAAAAGACUCUCAAAUAUUUGUAUCUGGAUACAAAUCUUUCCAUCAGUGAUUGUUCAAUUCCUAUUAAUCCAUUCCAUACAUCAUAUUUAAAACGAAUUUUACGUUAUUGUUUGGUGGUGGGAUUAAUUUUCUGCGCGUGCGUAAUUCUUAUCCCGUCGCUGUUACUUGGUGCUUCAACCAUAACCAUAUAUGAAAAUAAUCAAUUUCAUAUCAAAACUGAUCAUAUUUUGGUGGCUUUAGUGGGGGAAUAUAUCAUAUUUCUGAUCCAUAGAUUCUAUCAAGUAAUGAAUCAUCCACAAUUAACCGCAUUCCCCAAAUGGACUUAUAUUGCCACCCUGUUCACUUGGUUGUAUGCUUGUAUUGUAUUAAUUUCAAGCUUAUCAUGUAUGGUUCUUUUCAAUGAUGGAUUGAUUAUAUUCAAUCAAAUCAUUACCAAUAGUUCAAUACAAUAUGAAUCUCCAUCUAUUUUUACAUCUUUAUUUGUUGAUUUUAUCCUUCACUCGGUCACGUGCGACCCCGAAGAUUUUAGUCAAUGUGAAAAUAUGGCUGCCAAAGUUGAUUGGAUUAUGACUAAAUUAGCCAGUAGUUGGUUAGUUUUAAACUUUAUAUGUUUUGUGGCGUUGCCGCUACUUAUCUGGGUUAUGGUUAUUGAGAUGAAGGUAUUAAGGAAUAAGGAAAUGAAAAUAGAUGUAUGAAUUGGGGGAUACCCUUUACGAUAGUUAUGAUAGAAUAAAAAAAACAAACAAGAAAAGAAAUAAGGAAGUAGG